CAAAAAAAAAAAUGCCGGCAUUGUUUUGAUUUGAAAAUCUCUUUGGUGAUACACGUGGAAAACAUUAUUUUACUAGUUUUUUACAUUUUAAGUUUCUAAGGUAAUAUAUAUUUAAAUAUAUAUAUUAUUUGUAUGAAAGAGAUUUUAUAUAAAUGAAUAGGUACUCAGCAUUUUUCACAUAAGUUUUCAAAAAUGGGAAAUCGUUUGUUGUUGAGAUAUCUCCUGAUUCGACCGGUCGAGCCAAACUUUUGAAUGUUUUUGUAAUUGGGACGAGGAGAGAAGACAAUUUUUCGUUCUUAUGGGAAAGUAUCAUAGAAAAAAAAAUGAGUAAGCUAAAAGCUAAAGCUUCAUAUGAAAGAAUGUACAGACUGGAAAAUUGAGGUGAUUAUUACCUUGUGGUCGUAAGGAGAAAUAAGUUGAUUUAGCUUCUAUGAAGUAUAAAGCUCUUAGAAAAAGGACAAACUUUUUUCUGUAUUUUAGCUUAAAAUGUGCACAACAUUAGAAACAUAUCGUAAGUAAUCAAUUAAAACAGUAAGGUAUUCGAGUAAAGUUGGGAUUAUUCAAAGGAGUUGUAUUAUGCAUCUAAUUUGAAUUUAUAUUGUGUCUGAUAAAUUUUAUAUUUUGUGCGAAAGUAUCAAGAGUAGAAUUAUUAUGUAAAUCAAAUGUUGUGUUCUUUGACAGAACAGUUUAAGAAUUUCUUGCCUACUGUGGCAUUCUGAACUUGAAAAUGUUAUACUCUGUUAUCUCAUAUCUCUAUCUCGCCUGGUAUCUCCAAUUAUUUCACACUGAGUAAUAACAUUAUUUAUCAAAGACAGCAGACUCUAUUGACAACUCCAGCUGCUGUUGUUUAUCCUGCUUGCAUAAAUUAUGAAGUCGUUUAAAAAGUACACCUUGCCAGGUGGCAAUGUUAUUUAAGCAUAAAGGCUCUACUAACACUUAUGUUGAGUGGAAUAUAAUCAAAUAUAACUCCUGAUAUAGAUUUUGAACUUUGACAUUGAUGUAAGACAUCAAUUUGUACAGUGUCAACGAGAUCUACUUGAGACAGGCAGUCUUAAGCAGAACUUUGUAAUCAUUGGACCGCUUGUACAAAAAUGGCCAUAAUAAGAUUUUUUUCUUGUGAAGCAUUUAGUGCUCACAAGACAAAAGAAAUAUUAAAGAAUUUAAACAAUGUUGAUGCUUAUGUGUCAGAGUUAUCAACUGAACUUUGUUAUCAUGUGGAACUUGCUGAAGGUUGUCAAUACUUGAACAUCGACCAGAUAAAAAUUCUUAAAUGGCUACUCAGUUCUCCUCUGCAUCCUUAUGCACUAAAGAAUGAAACUGUGUAUAAAACUGUAAAACAAAACCAGAUUAUAAUUGAAAUUGGACCAAGAUUCAAUUUUUCAACAGCAGAUUCCAGUAAUUCGGUACAAAUAUGUGAAAGUGUGGGAUUACAUGAUGUAGUCCGUCUUGAGGUCUCCACCAGAUAUCUCAUAUCUUUCAAGAAAACCAAGCAUAUUUCUGAUGAUCUGUUUCAAAGUUUGGCUGCAAAUUUACAUGAUAGAAUGACGCAAUGUAUUUACACAAGCAAAAAUUUGCCAAGACAAAGUUUUAAUGAAUGUUUGCCUAAAGAUCAAGAACCUUGGUUUGUUGUACCUUUGCAAAAAAAAGGUAGAGAAGCUAUGGAAAAUGUUAAUAAAAAACUAGGUUUGGCCUUUGAUUCAUGGGAUAUGGAUUUCUAUAUGGAUUUAUUUGUAAACAAAUUAAAACGAGAUCCAACUAGUGUAGAAUUAUUUGACCUUGCUCAGAGCAAUAGUGAGCAUUCACGUCAUUGGUUUUUUAAGGGCAAAAUAAUUUUGGACGAUAAAGAAAUAAAUCAGUCCUUGAUCGACAUGGUAGCUUCUACUCAGCUUAAUUCAAAUGACAACAAUGUCAUAAAAUUUGGAGAUAACAGCAGUGCCAUCAAAGGUUUUAAACAUAAGAAAAUUAGGCCUGUAAAUGUGAGGGCUCCAUCUCAAGUCAUAGUGGAGGAGGUUGAAUCUGAUAUAAUAUUCACAGCUGAGACUCAUAACAUGCCUACCGCUGUGGCACCGUUCAGUGGUGCUACUACGGGGACCGGAGGACGUAUCAGGGACGUCCAGGGUGUUGGAAGGGGAGGUCACACAGUUGCUGGGACUGCAGGAUACAGCAUAGGCAAUCUCCAUAUACCAGGCUACGAUUUGCCUUGGGAGGAAAAGGGAUGGGAAUAUCCUAGCAACUUUGCAAGUCCACUUCAAAUAAUAAUAGAUGCGAGUAACGGCGCAUCUGAUUACGGAAAUAAGUUCGGAGAGCCUGUUAUUUCAGGUUUCGUUCAAUCAUAUGGAUUAAAAAAUGCGGAUAACGUUAGGGAGGAGUUUGUCAAACCGAUUAUGUUCAGCGGUGGCAUUGGUUAUAUGCCUCAUACUAUGAUCAAAAAGAAUAAGCCAGAAAAAGGAAUGUUGUUGGUUAAGGUGGGGGGUCCAGUGUAUAGGAUUGGGGUGGGCGGUGGAGCCGCUUCCUCUGUAGCGGUUCAAGGUGGCGACUCGAGAGACCAUGCUUUAGACUUCGGAGCUGUGCAAAGAGGUGAUGCUGAAAUGGGUAACCGGCUCAACCGCGUCGUAAGAGGUUGUUUGGAGUCUGACAUCAAUCCAGUAGAAUCAAUUCACGACCAAGGCGCCGGGGGUAACGGCAAUGUACUAAAAGAAUUAGUUGAACCCGAAGGCGCUGUUGUUUAUACUAAGGAAUUCCAGCUCGGUGAUCCGACUAUUACGACUUUGGAAUUGUGGGGCGCCGAAUAUCAAGAGAACGAUGCUCUGCUAUGUAGCAAGGAAAAUAGACCGAUUCUUGAAGAGAUUUGCAGCCGCGAGAGGUGCCCCGUAUCGUUCGUAGGCGAAGUGACUGGAGACGGUUACGUGAGUCUCAUUGAAGACUCAUUUACGGAUCAGUAUAUUGACAGGAAUGACAGACUCAAACCGGAGGCCAAGUCAAAGCUCCCUUACGAUCUGCAUCUAGAAGCUGUUCUUGGUAACAUGCCGAGAAAGACUUUUGAUUUGAAGCGAGAGAAGAGAACCAAAUUGCCUCUGUCAUUGCCUAAAGAUGUGACUGUAAAAAGUGCCUUAGAUAGAGUUCUCAGACUAGUGAAUGUAGCUAGUAAGCGAUAUUUGACGAAUAAGGUGGACCGUUGCGUCACCGGUUUGGUAGCUCAACAACAGUGCGUCGGACCAUUGCACACGCCGUUGGCUGACUGCGCUAUAAUCGCCUUGUCUUACCAUGGACUGGUCGGAUCAGCCACGUCCAUCGGUACGCAGAAUGUGAAGGGGCUGCUGGACCCCGCGGCCGGAGCGAGGCUUUCAUUGGGCGAGGCGUUGACUAAUUUGGUAUUCGCGGGUAUAACGGAACUGGAGGAUGUGAAAUGCUCCGGCAACUGGAUGUGGGGCGGCAAGACCGGCGUGGAGGGUGGCAGUUUGGUGGUGGCCUGCGACGCUCUGUGUGUCGCCAUGAGGGUACUGGGUGUCGCCGUGGACGGGGGGAAGGAUUCACUCUCUAUGUGCGCUUACGUCGCUGGAGAGAAAGUGAAGUCACCCGGUACUUUAGUGGUGUCUACUUAUGCACCUUGUCCCGACAUCACGGUCAAGAUUGAACCAGCUCUUCGGGAAGAAGACUCGGCUCUCGUAUACGUACCAGCAACAUCUGGAAAAUACAGACUUGGGGGCUCAUCACUCGCACAAUGCUAUAAGCAAUUGGGAGAUGUCACACCAGAUUUAGACAGUCCUGCUGUCCUAAAAUCAUUAUUUAAAACAACACAAAAGUUGUUAAAAGAAAGGAAACUGUUGUCUGGUCACGACAUCAGUGAAGGAGGUUUUAUAACAACUGUUUUGGAAAUGGGUAUUGGAGGUCUUCGUGGUUUGGACUUGGACAUGAAAGUUGAGAAGAACAUAUCUGCCAUAGAAGCAUUGUUUAACGAAGAACUGGGUAUAGUUAUCGAAGUGGCUCAGAAGGAUCUGAAAUACGUGGUGGAUGAGUAUCAAAAGAAUGGUGUCAACGCUAAACAUAUCGGUCGUACCGGCAAAUAUGGAUCAAAUUCUAAGGUUACGAUUAAAGUGAACGGCGAAGAAAUUCUGAACACACAAUUGAUAGACGUAUUCAGAAUGUGGGAAGAAACGAGCUAUCAGCUUGAAUGUUUACAAGCUAAUUCUACAUGCAUACAACAAGAAUGGAAAGGCCUCGAGAAACGCAAAGGAGCUACGUAUAAGGUGACUUUUGAUCCUUCUGCAGCGAUGUUGAAAACCAAAUCGACACGAGUGGCAGUUCUACGUGAGGAAGGUACAAACGGCGACAGAGAAAUGAUCGCAACCCUUAUGAUGGCCAAUUUCGAUGUGUAUGACGUCACAAUGAGCGAUUUGCAGUCCAAGAAAAUCACAUUGGACGCUUUCCAGGGUUUGGUUUUCCCAGGCGGUUUCAGUUAUGCAGAUACGCUCGGUUCCGCCAAAGGAUGGGCAGCAGGAAUAUUGUUCUCCGAUUCGCUGAGUGCGCAGUUCUCACACUUCAAGAACAGAACGGAUACUUUUUCGUUGGGAGUGUGUAACGGUUGCCAACUAAUGGCCCUCCUUGGCUGGAUCGAUCCGGAGACCAAUAAGGAAACUGUCAACAAAACUCAGUUGUUCCUUGACCACAAUAGUUCGGAAAGAUUCGAAUGCCGUUGGAGUGCUGUGAAGAUAACGGAAUUUAGGGACAAGGAAGACGUUUGGUUUCGCGGCAUGGGAGGCAGCAUGCUCGGAGUGUGGGUGGCCCACGGCGAAGGCAGAUUCACCGUGGCCGAGUCGAAUGUUCUAGACUUAGUUCGGAACAAUGGCCAGAUAGCCAUGCAGUACGUGGACGAUGAAGGCGUUCCCACUGAGGAGUACCCAAUGAACCCCAACGGCAGUCCCGCUGGUAUCGCUGGCAUACGGUCUGUGGACGGACGUCACAUUGCCAUGAUGCCUCAUCCUGAACGUUGCGUUCUUCGCUGGCAAUGUCCAGUACAACCGCCGCUAUUCCCGACUCAAGCUGACCCCGACAGUCAAAUAUCGCCAUGGCUACGGCUCUUCCAGAACGCCUACACUUGGGCUUGCCAACAAUAAAUAUAACCAAACUCAUAGACCAUUGACAUAGAGAAUGGACUGCUCUGUUCCUAACGAACUGUCGUAAAACUGAGCAGAUAAGUAUGAGAGAUGCUUUUUGUCUUUUUCUAUUAAUUUUUCAACUUUAUGAAUGACGCUCGCGUCAAUUCUCUUUCUUGUUACUGAUCGAGCGUGCGAUGCAUUGGAAGCAAAUACUUUUCAAGAUCACAACAACACAAAAUAAACUACUUGCAACAGAGCUAUUUACUGCUUUGGAAACUUCCAUCGAGCUCGAAAGGCAACCACAAAAAUUAAUAUUUGUGUGUUGAUUUUGAUUAUUUGGAUGCGUACAGCCCUGUACAUUGGCAUCAACGCGUACAUUAUGAGUUAUGAUUACGACUGUAAGCGGUCGAUAUAAUAAUAUAUAUGUAUAUAUGUGCUACUUUUCAUUAGCAAUAUUCCGUAAUCAUAUAAAUAUAGUAUAGUGCAAUGAAUUUAUUUACAAAUGUUAUUUAAUUAUGCUACUAAAGUUUACAAAAAUUAUAUAAUAUAAGUAUGGUCUGCAGAUAUUGUAUUGACAUCCAUGAUUUAAAUUUGUAGUUAUAUAUCAUGUUGAUACAUACUACAGAUCAAAAUCUUUUUAAAAACAGAUUAAAAUAGGUUACUUUAAAUUUAAUAUACUAAGUACUUAUAUAGUUAUGGCUCAAUUGCAUUUGAUUGUUAGCUCAUAUAGCAAUAUUUAGACUGGAAUACGGUGUUGGGUAACCAAAACGAAAACUACCUGAAUUCGGGUGUACUUGAUUCCAUUGCCGGAAUUCCAUUGGCACUCGUAUUCGCGCUGACAAACAAGUGUAAUGGAGCUUUAAGUGCAGAUAUUUUUCUCAGAUGUACAAUUUUUUGCAGUUAUUGUUUGCAGUUAUAAUAAUUUGUUAUUGUAUCUGUUGUUAUUAUCUAUAUGAUAUGACCUUUAGGAAAAAUAAAAUAUUCCAGUGCCUUAUUGCUAUUGUAAUAAAUAAGACUGAAGAAUCAUGCAUUAAAUCAUGGUUGUUGAAUAUCUCUUAGAAAUUGUGAAGAAAUAAUUUUAAACAAAUGAAUUGAUGGAUGAAAUCUGAUUUUUAUACAUAACUAUUAAUUGCCACUUAGAAAAUUAAUACCUAUGUAAAUAUAAUAAUAUUUACAUAGGUAUUAAUUUUCUAAGUGGCAAUUUUACACAAUUUACAAAAAUACUGUUUUUUUUUGUAGUUUUGCUUGUUCACAAUCUGUUUUUGCUUGGGCUCAAUAUAAAUAUGUAUCAUAAUUUAUCUGGAGCUAUAGUGCCAUUGUACUGCAAAAACCAAAUCAAAAUGACUCUGAUAACAGUGAGUCAAUUUGUAUUAACAACCAAAUUUGAUUUUCUGGGAUUUCACUGUGCAACAAUAUUAUGAUUCCUAAAUUUUUCCAGAUCAUAUAAUUGUUAGUAAUAGAAUAAUCUCAAAUCCAUAGUAAUAAUAUUUGAUAGUUAUUUAAUUUUUAUUGAAGACUAAAGAAAAUUCCAAUAAGAAUAAAAUUGCUUUUGUUCACUAGUUUUUGUUUUAUUAUGGGAGGCAUUCCUACAUGAGCAUCAUUUCUUUUUUUUUACAAUGUGAAAACACAUCUAACACCUUACAUAAAUCACAGUUUAUAGUCAUAGUAAGCUACAUUAGAAAUAAAUAAACAAAGUCUCAAAUAAUUUGCUUCUGCAAACUCUUUGGGUACACUAGCCCUGCAGUGACUGUGUAUUUGACAAUACUUUGCAUCGCAAAUCAGUUUUAAUAACAUAAAUCCAGAAAAUUAUGUGACGCAUACGCUUGUAAAGCUGCGAUUUUAUGGGGAACUAUAAGCCUGGCUAAAUGGUUUCUCAGGAUGGUGGGAUGUUUUCUGGCCCAAACUUUUAUUAACUAGUCAUCAAUUAUUAGUGUGUACAGCAACAAAUCUUUAAAAUAAAGUGAUGUUAAUAAAUCUACUGUCAUUUCACGUAAUGUGAUUAUAUAGACAGUCAUUUUAUUGUUUUCGCAACAACAUCCAUAUAGUGAUGUUUUAUUUACUUAGUUCAAAGUAUAGUAUUUAUAUAAAUUUUACAACUAUAUAUUUACAUUACAAGUUCAUAACUGAUAUCCUUUUAAGUUUUUUAGAGAGAUCCUUUCUUUUACAAUAUUCCAAAGCUUCACAUAUAUCAUAAAACCAAGUUUGUGGAUCUGCUUUGUUUUCCAAAUAGAAUUCCAAUACACAUUUUGCUUUCAUUGUUACUUUAUUGUAAUCAUCAUUGAUUUCUUCAAUUUUGCUUUCUUUAAUAUUUAAACUUCUUGCUAAAUCUUUCCAAAAUGUACCAAUAUCUUCAACAAGUGCUUGCUUAAUUCUUUUUAUCUUUUGCUCACUCAUGGCUGUGUUCAAAUUACUGCUAACACUUUGAAGUGGUUGUCUCUGUGGUGAAUUAAGAUUGUUUUCACCUGCUGCAGCCAAUUGACCUGUUGGACCAAAUCAAAUAGUAGGUACUAAAUACUUUAAUAACUGUUAUAUUGGUUUAUAUUGAAAUGAUUAUGUAAAAAAAAGUUGUUACAGAAGUGAUAAAGUUAAACUACUGACUUAUUUCACUUACCAUAAUAGUUCAUACAUUGUACUGGAACAUGAGACUGCUCAUACUCCUGGAUUCUUCCUAACAGUCGGUUAUUUGAUAAUUCGAGUGCAAUCACUUUCAAUGGUUGAAUAUUGUUCUCUGAUAAUACAUCUCUUACUUCUAAAAUUCUAAGCAACUGCCCAAUACUUGUUAUUUUCUCGUAUUUCCUAGGUGAAUUGAUGUCGUUUCUGAAUAAUUCUUUUAACACACUUAAUGAUUCACUAUGUCUCUCAGAUUCCCCAAAACUUUUUAUAACUUGUUCUAUAAGUACGGAAUAUCCUGGCAUUUUACUUGGCUAGGAAUUAUAACCAAUGUUUAUAAGUUACACGGAAAAGAUUAAAUCACACCAAUAUAUAAACAGAAACCUGUUAGAUCUUAUUUAUUACCAUUAUUUGGUAACAGGGAAAAUCCCUGAAUCUCUUUGGAAAGUUUGGUUUAGUGUUGUUGUAAUAGCGAUAGUCUAUCGAUGGUAUCGUGAUACUAUCCUGCAACCGGCACCGUAGCAUGAAUACCUUUUACGUUGUCACGUUUUUAUCCCAUAUAAAUGUCAAACUCGAGUAAUUUAAUUGAGCGUUAUAAAAACAAGUUUAUAUCAUAUCGUGGUGAUCAUGCUAGAGGGACCGACCUUGACAAUCAGUCAUAUUAUGGAUUGUCGAAACUAUUGAAUUGAGCCUUGAUGAUACUAUCGAUAGUAUCGAUUGAGAAAAAUAAGUAAUACCUACUAUUGCUAAAGACCAAUAGAUUCGAUGCAGUAAAACAUUAGUUAGAAAAAAAACAAUCAGAAAGUAUUAGAUGAACAGCGGAGUGGACUGUUGAGUACGCGGACGAAUUAGCAUUAUAAGGACCGAUACAAUCAAAUAUCGAUAGUAUUACAGCAUUUCAAUAUUUUAGAUAGCACUAUUAGCUCUAUAGAUUCAUUUUUCAAGGUCCUCUAUCGAUAUUGAAACUAUCGCUAUUGCAACAACACUGGUUCGGAUGUAAACCCUACGAAAAAAAACAGACACGAUGACACUUCACAAUGACAUUGACAUAUGUUGACAUGGCUACGUUCAAAACCUACGCUUUAAGUGCAAAAAAUGACAAUUUUGACAUGAACUCAUUCGAUUUCCUGAAGCGUAGAAUUGAACGAAUACUGAAUUCAAUACACCUUCGAUAAGUGUGCAAAUAUUUACUCCGAAGUUUCAAUUUUGACAUAAAAUGUUAAAACUACUCUUCAAAUCGCGUUUUCUUCUUCUUCUUUUUAGCUGUUUUGCUUUAUGCAUUUUUUUUCCUUUUCCCAUUCUGGGAAGACAAAGGGUACUGUGCCCAUACAGCCAAUUCUUAAGUUUGACAUUUCAGAAUAAUACAUGCUGUAUAUAAUAUAUAUGCAGUAAUAAGCUGUAUUUCUUCUUUCUUGUAUCCGGAGCUAAGUCUUAUUUUAGGUAUCUUGUCUUUGUGAAGAGACCACAUCUCUACAAUAUUGUCUAAUGCCUUUUCGUUGUUGCUAUAGCUACUGACUUGUUAUCAUUCUGUGUCAUCUUAUGAAAAUAUUCUUUUUACAUAAACUUAUUGUGCUAACUAAUAUUAAAUAAAAAUACGUCUUUACUUUACAUACAUCUUUAUUUUAAAUCAACAUUUAUAAAACUUAAAAUGGUAGCAGAGAAGAAAAAGAUCUAAUAUUUUUUGAGGUGAAGUGUUAAACUCGCGCAACAACGACGAUGCCGAAAACGACAUAUCACAUCGAACCUUUGGAUAAAGAUAACUAUGAUACCUGGGCGAUACAAGUUCAAGCUGUGCUAGUCAGAAACAAACUUUGGAAGUAUGUAACUAACGCACUACCUCCAACUGCAAGCAGCGAUGAACUUGACGGCGACAGGGAGGCUAAGUCAGAACUUAUUCUACUAAUUGCACUAUCACAGCUAAAGGGCAUCAAGAAAUGCACGUCGGCGAAAGCUCUUUGGGAUAAACUAAAAGAAAUACAUGCAAGUAAAGGCCCUGCGAGAAAAGUUACUCUUCUUAAACGGUUAAUACUUAUUAAACUUGAAGACAGCAAUGUUCGUGAGCACUUGAACAAGUUUAUGGACACAGUAGACAAACUAGCAGAAAUGGAUGUAAAUAUCAACGAGGAUCUACUCACUAUCCUGAUGCUGUAUAGUCUUUCCUCUGAUUAUGAAAACUUUCGUGUAGCCAUGGAGUCACGUGACGUUCUACCGAAACCUGAGGAACUUAAAAUAAAAAUUAUAGAAGAAAGUGACGCUCGACACCGUGACGUCGAAAUCAGCCCGCCACCCCACGAAGAAGAAAACGCACUCUACGCAUCUUGCAAAAUCUGUAAGAAAUCGGGACGCAACAUCUUUCAGAAGAAGACGCACAAGAUUUGUUCUAACUGCUGGAAGAAAAAUAAGCGCACUGAUCCCAUACCUAAAAACUCUCACUCUUCCUACGCCGAAGAGUGCUUCUUCACUACAAAUGAAAACGACAAGAGUGAUUGGGUACUUGAUAGCGGCUGUACUUCUCACAUGACGUUUCAACACGAGUACUUCAAAAACUUAACUACAGUUUCAAGAAAACUGAACUUUGCUUCAGAACAGCACUCUACUGAAAUUAAAGGUCAAGGCAGAGUAACACUGAAAACCAAGUAUAGAACGAUCAAUUUGGAAAGCACUCUGUAUGUACCAUCACUUUGCAAAAAUUUACUCUCAGUGCCAAAGAUGACAGAACAUGGAGCUUCUGUAACUUUUGAAAAGAAGAAAGCGUUCGUACGCAAUAAGACAGGAGAUCUUGUUAUGAUUGCAGACAAAUGUCAAAAUAGCGGACUUUACUAUAUCAAGUUGCAAACCAUCGAACGAAAUUACGCAGCAACGUCUGAAACAACUUCAAGCAUUGCGGUAAAAAACUUCGUACUGGAAUGGCACAAAAAGCUUGGACAUAUGAACGAGAAAGACCUCCGUCUAGCGCUUAAUAACGAGACUUUGAUCGGGUUAAACUUUGACAAAACAGAGUCAAUAUCCGACUGCGAAGCAUGCAUACAAGCAAAAAUGACGCGCAUACCAAGUCCUCCACAAAGAACAACUCCACGAACAACUGAACGUCUGGAGAUUGUUCACAGCGACGUUUGCGGCCCUAUUACUCCUUCCAACGGAAAGAAUCGCUAUUUCGUCACCUUUAUAGACGAUUACAGCCGAUAUAGGCGCGUAUACUUCAUGAAAAACAAAUCCAAAGUCCUAGAACAGUUCAAAACUUACAAACGCGAAAUGGAAACAUUUACUGGAAAGCACCUACAAACGGAUAACGGCUCUGAAUACAUUAACAACACAUUUCAAGCCUAUCUAAACAAGAAUGGGAUAGCAAAACGUCUAUCUGCACCGUACACCCCACACCAAAACGGAAUCGCGGAACGCAAAAAUCGCACACUUCUAGAAAAGGCAAGAGCAAUGCUGAUUGGCGCCAAUGCACCUAUGUUUCUAUGGGGAGAAGCCAUCAAUACGGCAAACUAUCUAUCCAACAGAAGCAUAAACAGUGCUAUAGAAAACAGAACGCCAUUUGAGAAAUGGGUCCUGAGGAAACCAUGCGCCAACCAUCUCCAUAUUUUCGGAACCAAAGCAUUUAUACUUCUAAAAGGCCCCCAUAGAGGUCCUAAAUUUGCACCUAGAGCAAUUCCAGGCGUAUACGGCGAUACUCAGAAACCAGCAAAGCCUACAGGGUGUAUGUGCCUAACAAACGCAAGAUUUUGAUUUCUAAAGAUGUAAGAAUUGUCCAGUCUAACUUCUACUCAAAUUCUGACAAUCUUACUCACUCGGUUUUGACUACUCCAAAAAUUGAACUGAAUGUUGAAAACAUCCUUGAUAAACCAACAUCAAUUGAAAUACAAGCUGCUCCAGAUUCCACCACUCAAGAAAUAGGUGACGUUAAUCAAGACACUGAUGAUGACCAACAAGAAUUUCAUGAAGCUUCUGAUCGCGAUCCAGAACGCACUGAUCAUGAUAAUGAACCUGAAUCAAACGAAAAUGUUAUCGAAGAUGAAAUUCCACCUGAACCUGAGCUGAGACGCUGAGACAUAAUUUAAGAGACAGAUCGGCAAUUCCGCGACCACAACGGUAUGAUGAUACUUACCGAAGGAUCCAGAAACUUAUAAACAAGCCAUGGAAUCUCCUUACAAAGACGAAUGGCUGAAGGCCAUGUUGAG